AUGGACACACCACCACCAGAGAAGCGCGAGGGCAACGAUGGCAAUGGCAAGCCACACGUUCUCGUGGUGCCUUUCCCAGCUCAAGGCCACAUGCUGGCGCUCCUCGACCUCGUCGCGCUGCUCGCCACGUGCGGCGGCCCCGAGCUCUCGGUCACUGUGGCCAUCACGGCGGGCAACGCCCCGCUCCUCGAGCCGCUCCUGGCUGACUGCCCGUCCAUCGGCGUCGUCACGCUGCCGUUCCCUUCCUCGCCGUUGCUCCCACCGGGCUGCGGCGAGAACACCAGGGACCUCCCGCUCCACCUCUUCCGGAUGUUCAUCCCGGCUCUGGCCGAGCUGCGCGCGCCGCUCCUCGCCUGGUGCAAGGCCCAGGCGCCCACCCAGCGCGUCACGGCCGUCGUCUCCGACAUCUUCACCGGGUGGGCGCGGCCGCUCGCCGCCGAGCUCGGCGCCAGGCACGUCACCUUCUCGCCCUGCAGCGCGUUGCACGUCGCCUUCUCCCGCCCCCUCUGGCGCGACAUGCCGCAGAGAAUACGUGCCGACGCCGACGCCGACGAGGCCGUCGUCACGUUCCCGGAUGUACGCGGCGGCGCCCACAGCUUCCCUUGGCGCCGGCUGCCAAUGACGUACCGGCUCCACAAGGUCGGCGACGAGCCAUCUGAGAUGAUCCGUCAAAUCACUCUCUGGAGCCUGCUGGACACUGAGUGCGUCGUCCUCAACUCCUUCGCCGCUCUCGAGCCCACCUACCUGGACCGCCGUUCGCCUUUGGUCCCGCGGGUGCUAGCCGUAGGCCCACUGUCCGAGGCCCGGGCCACCGUCUCCGCUAACCGGGGCGGGAAGCCGGCGGUGGCGCCGUCAGCGGUGGCAGCCUGGCUGGACGCCUUCGCCGACGGAUCCGUCGUCUACGUCAGCUUCGGGACGCAGCACGCGCUGUCGCCGGAGCAGGCGGCGUGCGUGGCGGACGCGCUGGCUCAGAGCUCGGCGGCCUUCGUGUGGGCCGCGGGGACGCUCACUGUGUUGCCGGAGGGGUUCGAGGCGGCCACAGCUUCGCGGGGCAUGGUCAUCCGUGGGUGGGCGCCGCAGGUGGAGAUCCUGCGCCACCGUGCCGUGGGCUGGUUCCUGAUGCACUGCGGCAUGAACGCCGUGCUCGAGGCCGCCUCCGCCAGCGUGGCCAUGCUCACCUGGCCUAUGGGCGCCGACCAUUUCUUCAACAAGAUCGUGGUCGAGGAGGCCGGCGUGGCCAUGCACGUGGCGGAGGGCGCCGACACCGUACCUGAUGCUGGGCGGAUGGCGGAGGCCAUCGCCGCGGCCGUCGGGGACGAGGGAAAGGCCAUUAGGGAGCGCGCCGUGGAGCUCGGCCGCAAGGCCGCAGAAGCUGUGGCAGAGGGUGGGAGCUCGUACAUGGAUUUUCAAGAGCUGGUUCACAUGCUGGCAAAGGUCGACUAG